AUGGGAGGGGGCUCCCAGCAUCCAGGCGGGGUCUAUCCGCUCACAGCCGGCUGCACAUCGCCCAAAAGGCACGGGGAGCGCACCGCNCUGGCUCUGGGCGCUGCCUUCUGGGUAACGGUAGCGGCUCAUAAGUACGAAGGGGCGGCCCACUUCGCUCUGUUUGCCGCUGUCCUCGUCUGGCUCCUCACCCUGGCCCUCUUCGGGCUGAGCCUGCUGGGGCGCUGGGAGCUGGUGCCCUGGUUGGGCUCCCGCUGGCUCCUCACCAACCUGGUGCACGACCUGGCACUGGGUGUGGGGCUCUACGCAGCUGCCACUGGCAUCAUGGGUCACAAGGCCAAGCAGAGAAGCUUUUGCAACCUGCCGGGCUACAGCCAGCACUGCCUGUACAGUGCCUACCUGAGCGCCUCCAUCUGCGGGGGCGUCACUGCCUGCCUGUACCUCUUCUCCGGGCUCUACUGCCUGUUGCGGCGUUGCCAGGACCAGCGAGACAUCAUCUGACGUCCCGUGCCACUUGGCUCCCCUUCUCAGCUGCAGACAGAACACAGCCUGCCUUUGGGAUGAAACGACCCUGACGCCCCAUCCCCUUCUGGCUGACUGCACUGCAAUUCCUCCAGAGACUCCUGCACAGACGGAUGGACAGACAGAGGCCUUCGCCGAGCACGGCUUCCCCUGCAGAGCACCGAGACAGCAUGGACACCGAGCCACUGCACAGGCCCUUCUCCCAGCCCUGGACAGACUUAGGAUACUGCAAGUGGAAGGACCCAAAUGGAGAGCCCGUAAGAGGGAUACCAAUCUUUGGGAGCCCCCCUAGAACUCAAGCCAAAAUCCCCUGGUCUUGCCAGUGCUGCAUGCUCAGGUGGGUGCUGACUUUUCCCUGGGGUAGAGGCGGGACUGGCCUGGGGGAGCUGAGCUGGGGGCAGCAGUGCCUAGGGGAGUUGGAUGGGCAUAACCCCCCCUGACCUGCUGGCAGCCCCAUCUUGCCAUUCCAGCUGCAAGGCGCCUCCACAAUUCCCUAAGGGAGGCUCUGAACUUGGCCUCCCCAGCCUGGGCCCCUCCUUCUGUCUGGCCUGAAAACAUCCUUUAUCUUACUGGAGCCCUAAGGGCUCAGUGCCUCCCUGCCCUGCACUCGAGGGGUGUAGAGACACACAGUACUGCACAGCCAGAUCCAGCAUCACCCCAGUCCAGUUUGGAAACUGAGCAGGGCAGCAAGGCCUCCAUUGCUGUGCAGGGAGGGGAAGGACAAGGGGAGCCGUAACCUGUUCUGUGACCCUGGGUAGGGGGAAAAUUCCUCCAGCCCUGGAGUUUGUGUAGUCCUGGGAUGGGGCCAGGUGCCCCAGAGGCUGAGGGGAGCCAGUCAUGGGGUUGUUCUCUCCUCCUGCUGUCCCUGAAGAGAGGUUUGUGGCUCCAAGCCACCAGAGCCACUGAACCAGCCCUGGGGCCAGACUACUCCAAAAGGGACAGAAACAGCCUUGCUGAUGGUUCUGGAGACCAGCCUGCAGCCCUGCCUGUCUCUGCCACACUUGGUUUAUCAUCCUGGAAAAUCUUCAUCUCUGGACUCUGUGGGACUGGGCCUAGAGACUGUGGUGGGGUGGAGGGGAAGGGUGAGCACUGCAGCAGUCUGUGCUGGCACUCUGGCCAUGGGGGAGCUGGGGCUAGGCAUUGUGGGAGCACAACCUGUCUUGGAGAACAGAAGAGGACACUGGCACUGGAGCCAGCCCAGUCCUGGAUCAGCCUCCAGAACCCACCAGGUGCCAAGCCCUGACGACGCCAUGUAGGGCUGACUAGAGAAAUGGGCACCUAGAGACAGAAUUUUUGGAGCAGUGCCACACUAGGGCUGCCCUGCCACAAGCCCUCCUCACCCUCCCUGGAGGCAGGUCUCUAUUGCUCCCCGUUCAAGGGAGGGUCUGCUCCCAUCUCUCUGUAGACUUAGAUCAGUGAGACAGGUGUCCCCAGCAGCUGGCCACAGCUGCCUACUGCCUGGGGUUCCCUGACACCUUUUUUGAGGUGUAGAGCAGCAGCCAUGGUUCACCUGGGGCCUUGAAGGGGUCUGGGAUUGGUACUGGGUCGCCACUUCCAUCAUGAUGUGCUGUCCCAGUGCAUACCCCGUCAUGCCCCAGGCCAUGUACCCCUUCCUUGGGCAGGACAUGCUGUCUGUACCCUGUGUCAAGGCUGGUCCCUGACACCGCCUGCCCCUGCCUUACUCUGGUGCAGCCCCUGGCCCAGGCUGUCCAAAAUGCCCUCGGUGCUUCUGCCACCACAAGUGCCUUCUCCUGGCUUUCUGCAGCCCUGUCUGUCACACAGCUCUAUCCCCCUACAGCCUCCUUUCAGGUGCCAGUGGAUUCACCUUCCAAAUAAAGCAAUAUUGGCGCUCA